UGGAUUAUUCUAUCAAACUUGGUUAAAUUUUUAUUUAAACUAUUGGUUUUGUUUAUUAUAAAUAUUGUGCUUUUGUGUCCAUGGUGCCGAUUGAUAACAUUUUACAAAAUCACGUCUAUCUUAUCCACGUCAAGAGAUACUUGAAAGCAACGCACUACGAUGAAAGAUUUGAAAGCAGAGACCCCAGCGAACGGAAACCUCUCGAAACUGGAGACCAGCAGGUGUGGCAGCAGUGGGGAGGCGCUGCUAAAGCCAUCCACGCCGCCCACGGUCUUGGAAUUGUCUGAACUGUCGCCGGACCAGAAGGCCAGAGACAAUUGGGGCAGCUCCUUGGAGUUUCUGAUGUCCUGCAUCGCCCUAAGCGUGGGAUUAGGUAACGUGUGGAGAUUCCCGUUUACGGCCCUGGAGAAUGGAGGUGGUGCCUUUCUGAUCCCCUACCUGAUCGUUCUGUUUGUGGUGGGGAAGCCGAUUUAUUACAUGGAGAUGCUCCUGGGCCAGUUCUCGAGCCGUGGCAUUGUGCAGGUCUUUGAUUUUGCGCCGCUUAUGAGAGGUGUGGGUUACUCUCAGCUCUUGGCCCUUGGCGUUCUGGCCACGUACUAUGCCUCUGUAAUGGCUCUAACCCUGCGCUACUUCUUCGACUCCUUUGCGGCGGAGCUGCCCUGGAGCUACUGCCGCCCGGAAUGGGGAGAUGGCUGUGUGGGUGCCGCCGCCACCGGAGAAGGUCUUCAAGGAUCCCUGUCUAAAAAUUUCAGCUCAUCGAGCCAGCUCUACCUGCAGCGUAUUGUGUUGAAUGAGACCAGCUCCCUGGAAACAGAUGGAAUCGGCUAUCCCAGUAGCAGCUUGACCCUAAUGCUGGCUCUGUCCUGGCUGACAGUAACCCUGAUCAUCAUCAGAGGCGUCAAGAGCUCCGGCAAAGCAGCCUAUGUCCUAGCCCUAUUCCCCUACGUGGUCAUGUUCAUCCUGCUGAUCAGAGCCGUGACUUUGCCGGGCGCCUAUGAUGGCGUCAUGUACUUUCUGACUCCCCAAUGGGACAAGUUACUGGAACCAGUGGUGUGGUACAAUGCCGUGACCCAGGUCUUCUUCUCCUUGGCCGUGUGCUUCGGAGUGAUCAUCAUGUACUCCUCGUACAACCGAUUCGGACACAAUGUCUACCGCGAUGCCAAUAUUGUUACGACCUUGGAUACCUUUACCUCCCUGCUCUCGGGAGUGAUCAUUUUCGGCAUCCUGGGCAACCUGGCACACGAGUCCGGCACCAAGGACAUUGCCAGCGUAGUGAAGGCUGGUCCUGGCCUGGCUUUCAUCUCCUACCCCGAGGCCAUUGCCAAGUUCAAGGUGAUGCCGCAGAUUUUUUCGCUGCUCUUCUUCGCCAUGCUCUUCAUGCUGGGCGUGGGCAGCAACGUGGGCAUGGUCAGCUGUAUUAUGACGGUUCUGAAGGAUCAGUUUGUCAACCUCAAGCUCUGGAUAAUAGUGGUGUGUCUCUCCGUGAUCGGGUUCCUGGUGGGUCUGGUCUACAUCACGCCCGGAGGGCAGCACAUCAUCACCCUGCUGGAUUUCCAUGGAGUUACUUUUGUUUCCCUGGUGUCGGCCAUCUUUGAGCUGAUUGCCGUGGGAUGGAUUUAUGGCACUAAACGUCUUUGCCAAGAUGCUGAGUACAUGCUGAACAUCAAGACCUCAAAAUACUACCGCAUUUGCUGGUCGAUUGUAACUCCAAUGGUAAUGGUGGUGAUUUUGGUCUAUACUUUGCUGACAAUGCGUCCUUUAAGCUACAAUGGCCAAGAGUUUCCACUGCCUUAUAGAGUUUUCGGCUGGUGUGUCUCUGGAGUUAUCAUUGGGCAGCUGUUCUACUGGGCCUGUCACGCCAACUACAAGCAGCCAAAGGGUUCGUUGAAGUGCCGUAUUAGCAACUCGGCCAAGCCACAUGCAGAUUGGGGACCUCUGGACUUGAAGCAACUAAUGGACUACCAAAUGUUCCUCCGUAACAAGGACGAUACCAACGCCCGAGGACUCAAACAUCGCUGCCUCUGCUACACAGUCGGAGAUAGAAUCUUCGGCUGAGCAGAUAUUUUAUGUAACCAUCCUAUAUAUGUCAUAUUAUGUUGCGUAGUUUCAUUUUAUUUUAUUUCAAUUUUUUUUUCUCGCAUUUAAUAUAUUU